GAAAAGCUCCCAGCACGGCAAUGGCCGAGCAUGGCGCGGCACAGCCGCCGCAAAGUGGCAAGAACAGUAGCGAGCCAGCGGAGUACCAGCUGAAGAAGUACCUGCUGCUCCUGGCCACCCUGGUGGCGACGGUGACCUACGCGGCGGGGCUCAACCCGCCGGGGGGUUCCUGGCUUGAGGACACGCCGGCCAAAGGGCAGCUCGCCGGCGACUCCAUCCUCCGGGAGACCAACUACAUCCGCUACAUCGUCUUCUACUGCUUCAACGCCAUCUCCUUCGCCGCGUCGGUCGUCGUCAGCCUCCUCCUCCUCCUCCUGCACCGGGACGACCAGGGCAGCUGGCUGCUCAAGCUCACGCGGGCGGUGAUGGUGGUCGACCUGCUCGGCCUCAUGGGGGCCUACGCCGCCGGAGGCAGCCAGGACAAGUUCACCACCAUUUGCGCCGCCGUGCUGGUCGGAGGCACUUUUGCCGGCGUGGUCUUCGCCGUCCCCAAAUUGUUCACUAGACAAGAGAGGGGAGAGUUGGUCGACAAUGACCUCGAGAAGCACGAGAUCGUGAUGGUGCUCGCCAUCUUCGUGGCGACCAUCGCCUACGUGGCCGGGCUGAACCCGCCCGGUGGCUUCUGGCGGGGCACCGAGGCCGCCGGCGAACCGAUGCUGCAGGGCCUCCACCCCAUUCGCUACAAGUUCUUCUUCUUCAGCAACACCACAGCCUUCAUCACGUCCCUGCUGGCCAUCACCGUCACCGUGCACUGCGAGAAGUUCCACCUCAAGGAUAUCGAGGUUCCGCUCUAUGGGCUCAUCAUCACGGCCAUCUUGGGCCUUGGGGGCGCCUACGCCACCGGGAGCUGCAGGGACAGCAGGCACACCAUCUAUGUCCUCGCCCUAAUCGUCCCAGUUCUUGUCUGCAUCUUCCUCCAGCGAGUUCUUGCCAUCAACUUCGGUUGCAUUCUUAUCAGGACUAGCAAAAAAAAGCGCGAUGAUCUUCUGGACAAGACUCGUGAAUUCAUCCAGUUGCUUGCCACUCUUGCGGCGACCGUUGCUUACCAAGCUGGAGUAGAUCCACCGGGUGGCGUCUGGGCAGACAGUGGGGAGGGCCAUACUGUAGGAGACCCAAUACUCCUGACAACACACCCUCGGCGUUACAGGGUCUUCUUCUACUUCAACUCGGCCGCUUUCGCGGCCUCCCUGGUCAUCAUGGUGAUGUUGCAGAACGAACGACUCCUGAUAGCCCAUGCGCUGGAGGCAACCCUUAUACUGGAUCUGUUCUGCCUCAUAGGCGCAUACGCUGCCGGAAGUUGCAGGGACACAGGCACCUCCGUCUACACUCUUGCCUUGGCUGGUGGCGUCCUCGUCUACGUGGUGAUCCACAUCGUCUUCUUCACACUAGACCUCAGUAAGAAGCCUGAGAGAAGUGAGUUGGAGAAGAAGCAUGAACAAGACAAGCUGGAGAAGAAGCGUGAGGUGCUGCUGCUUCUUGCAAUCUUGGCUGCAACGCUCACCUACCAAGCCGGCUUGACCCCGCCGGGCGGCUUAUGGGAGAACGAUAGGUUUGGGCACCGAGCCGGCUUCCCGGUCCUCCAAGACAAGUACCCUCGCCGUUACAAGGCCUUCUUCUACUGCAAUGCAGCAAGCUUCAUGGCAUCCGUGGCUCUCAUCGUCCUCCUCCUGAACCCUACUCUGUAUGGACCAGGCAUAAGGUGCUAUGCACUCUUCGUCUGCAUGGUAGCGGGCAUGUUCGGCCUCAUCGGUGCCUACGCUGCUGGGAGCUCCCUACAUCUGGGAACCUCCAUCGUUGACUUAGCAUUGGUUCUUGCAGUUUUUUCGUUUGUAGCCUAUGUGGUAAUCAUCCGCCAUAGCCAGAAGAACAAAGCAGCUGGGACUGGGAGCCAAAGCCAAGCUGAGCCUUCGAAACCCAGUGGUGCAGCAAGUAAUGAUCAGCAUGGUGAGGCUUCAAAGCAGGAGCAGAAGAUGAUGGCCAAGUACCUGAUGCUGGUAGGAAUACUGGCAGCGAGCGUGACUUACCUGACAGGCCUAAAACCACCUGGUGGCCUGUGGAGGGAAGACGACGGCAAUGGCCACUCCGCAGGCAACCCGGUGCUCUACAACAUUGACAAGCAUCGGUACAACGCUUUCUUCUACAGCAACUCCACUUCCUUCAUGGCUUCCAUCACCGUCAUCGCCUUGCUCCUUUCACGGAUGAUACUGUUCGACAGCAAGAAGCCUCUUUGGCCAAUGCAUACAGCCAUGUUGCUGGACAUGCUUGCCCUCCUGGGAGCCUAUGCGGCAGGCAGCGCUCGGGACUGGUGCACAUCCAAGGAUGUCAUCCUGCUGCUCUUCCCUAUUCUGGGCUUCGUCGCGCUUCUCUUCUUCUGGAAGAAACAAGGUGAUAGGGCUACCAUCCCCCAGAAUAUUGCUAAUAACACCACUAAUCACAGUUUAGAUGCUUAAAAGUGAUCCGGUUUCGGAUGAUUCAUGUGUUGAUCCUAUAAUGACGAGUAUGUCACUUAUUUUAAAGAAUAGUCACCACUCUGCUACAUAAAUAAAAGUUGUGACAUUGUCUUUUGUUUGAUUUAAGGUUUUUUGGA